AUGCCUUCCUUUUGGAACAACAUUGUCUUUAGCCUUAAGGUUUCCGGUCCUCUUAUUCCGGUUUUGAGAUUAGCUGAUGGUGAGAAAAAGCCUCCCAUGGGAUACAUUUAUGCGGCUAUGGAUAGGGCUAAAGAAGCCAUUGCAAAAUCAUUUGGGGGAGUAGAAGAUAAAUACUCAAAUAUUUUUGAAAUAAUUGAUAAGAGGUGGAAUGUUCAACUUCAUCGCCCUUUGCAUGCAGUAGGUUAUUAUUUGAACCCAGAAUACUUUUAUUCAAAUCCAAAAAUUGAAGAAGAUGAAGAGAUUGCAAAGGGUUUGUAUGCAUGCAUUGCAAGGUUAGUCCCGGAUGACAAAGACCAAGACAAAAUUACUGAGGAGCUGUCCUUAUAUUCUAAAGCUGAGGGCCUCUUUGGUAAUCGCUUUGCUAUUAGACAGAGAAGUACACGAGCACCAGCUAAUUGGUGGGAAGCUUAUGGUAAGUCAACAAAACUUCUCCAAAAGUUUGCUAUAAAGGUUUUAAGCCUUACUUGCAGUUCUUCUGGUUGUGAACGAAAUUGGAGCGUGUUUGAGCAUCUUCAUAACAAGAAAAGAAAUAGGCUCGCUCAAACAACGUUGAAUGAUUUAGUGUUCAUCAAAUAUAAUAGAGCAUUGAGGCAUCGAUAUAAUAUGCGUGACACUCUUGAUCCCAUUUUACUCGAUGACAUUGAUGAGAGCAACGAGUGGUUGACGGGGAGGAUGGAUGAUUCUGAUGCAGAACAUGAUCUAGUCUAUGAAGAUGAUUCCUUGACAUGGGGUGAUGUUGCUAAUUUUGCUGGUAUUGGAGAGGCUAGCAGGCCGCAACGGUCUACUAGAUCAAAAUCUAGUUCUAGUUCACGGUUACCAACAAAGGGAGUAGGAAGUUCUCCAGUUCAACUUGUGGAUGAGGAUGAGGAUGAGGAUGAUUCAGAUGAGAUAGAAGAGGAUCCUGAGAAUUAUGAAUCAUUUAGUGACGAUCAAAAUGAUGUUAUGCUUAUUGAUGAAGAGGAUGAUAUUUAGAUUCGUUGGUGACUUGGUGUUGUCUUCUUAGGAAGAAAUAAUGUUUACAUUUGUUUUAGUUUUAUCUUAUAUUUCUCCUUAGUUGACUUUUGUAUCUUUAUGUUAAUAUGUUUGAUUAUUCACUGAAUCACUGUUGAACUCAAGUACUUGAUUUACUUGGUUUUGGCAUCUUUAUGUUGAAUAUUUAACUUAAGUAAUUCAUUUAGUUGACUUUUACAUCUUUAUAUAUACUAUUGCAUCUUUAAUACUUUAUUGGGUGGGUUUU